CACCGGCGACUUGUCAAUGCCAGUUUUUAGGUUAACCGCGAAUAACUACGGUUUGUUGAUUUCCAAUGAUUUCCAUCUUUAUCUAUGUCUUGAACUAAUACCAUCAAAUUAUAAGCUCCAAAAAUGGAAAAAGGCCCUGAACAUGACAACAAGCCGAAAGAGCCUGAAGCCGCUGCCUCAACCGAGAGCAAGGACAUUUCAUUUAAAAAACCCACCCUACUUAUUGGCAAAGUGGGCCGUUUGCCUAAGAAAGUGGACUCUGUAGGCUUCUCGGGACCCCCCCAAAGCAGCCCUGUUGAUUACGUACUGAACACAACCGAGGAAAACCCCAAGGACGAAAACAAUAUAAAGUCCAGUGACAAACGACUGAACCCCAAGUCCACCCAGGGAGGCCUAGAAUUGUUGAUGCCAGUGCUUCCAUACACCGAGCCUGCUUGGUCGGGCCUGCCUGAAACCACAGGCAAAAACUACGUACUGGAAGUCUUGAAAGAGGGUAAAAUUAUUGACUACAUCGACCUGAUGAAGAAACCAUUUUGGGUCUUUGGAAGGAUGACCAACUGCGACGUCUUAAAGGAGCACCCAUCAGUGUCAAGAUAUCAUGUGCUGCUCCAAUAUCGAAAAGACCCAUCUGAAAGUGAGCCACAGGGCUUUUAUUUGUACGAUCUGAGCAGCACUCAUGGCACGUUCGUCAAUGGUAGAAAUAAAUUGAAACCCAAAACAUACAUGCGUUAUCGGGUGGGCCAUGUGUUUCGCGUUGGCACCAGCAAGCGACACUAUAUACUAACUGGUCCCGAAACUGAUCAAGAAGAAGAAUCUGAGCUUACAAUCACUGAGCUCAAACAGUUAAAAGCGCAAAAACUGAAGGAAAUUGAAGAUCGAUUGAAGCAACGAGAGAUUGAAAGGCACCUGAAAAUCAAACAGGAGGAAGACCGAGGAAUCGAUUGGGGAAUGGGCGAAGAAGCAAACGAUGAGGAUGAAAUAGCUGAAAACCCCUUUGCUUCCACUAACAAUGAGGAGUUAUACCUGGACGAUCCAAAAAAAGCCUUGCGCGGGUUCUUCGAACGCGAAGGCUUGAACCUGGACUACGACUGCACUGAACAAGGAAUGGGUCAAUUCCUAUGCAAGGUGGAACUGCCCUUGGACGACGAAAUGGGGCGGCCGCUAAUGGCUGAAGUGCUGCAUCGAGGCAAGAAAAAGGAGGCCGUUGUUCAAUGCGCUUUAGAGGCCUGCCGCAUUCUGGACCGAGCUGGCAUUUUGAGACAGGCAACGCAUGAGUCCAGAAAGCGCAAAACCAAAGAUUGGGAGGAAAACGACUUCUACGACAGCGACGAGGAUACUUUUCUGGACCGCACGGGAACAAUAGAGAAGAAGAGGGAGAAGAGGAUGAAAGUUAAGCAGCCCGAUAAGGCGCAGACCUACGAAAGCUUAGUGCAAAAGGAGAAGGACCUCACAGCGUCCAUUGCGGAUAUAGAGAAAAAACUUGGCGAAGCCCAAAUAAGUGCGGAUGCAUCCAGCGACAACAAUACAGAGGAGGACUCAUUGGACUCCUACAUGAAGGGACUGAGCGACGAUAAGCUGGACAAACAGACAGUAUCCAAGCUCAAGCUGGAGUUAACCAACUUGCGGAAAGAGCGCGCGAACAUAAUCAGAUUGGCAAACUUGGCAAAGCCAGCGGACAUGCCUUCAUUUUCGCCUGCCGCUACUUCAACUACUGCUGAUAACAAGGGCAAGAAGCUGCCGAUCUUCGGCAAGAGGAAAAUUGUCCCCGUCAAAUAUCCAGCAAAGGUCCAUCAGCAGCCGCUCGAAGACACGCCAACGACUUCCGAAGGAGCGGAAGAGGAAUCUGACGAGGAAACGCAGACUGAAGCGGCGCCAACAUCACCUGCAGAAUCACCCGAAGACCUGGACGAACAAAUGCCCAUUCACUGUUUCCAUAAAUUGCAACAACUCAGAUCAUUAAUCCCGGACGCAUCAGGAAAAUACAAGCCUGUAUUCCUGAAAAUAUUGCACAAGUCGCAUCGUAUGGCCAUCAGCCUGGGCCGAGCGGACAGCGACUGGAAAGUUUUAUCCACAAAACUGAAAAAAAUUAUGAAAUGGACAACGGAAUUACAGCAAAAUCAGUCCAACGGCAAGCGACAACACAUGAUUACCACAGAGCUCGGUCACAUUUUGGCAGAUCUAAAUCAUAUGGAGGACGAGAAGUUCAAGACCUUCGACAUGGCCAAAGGCUCUGGACACACCCUGAAAAACAUCUCCAUGCAAAUAGACAAAGAUCUCGAAGAGCUGAAGGAAAAUAGCAGCGAAAACGCACCUGCAGCUGAAUCGCGUCUAAGUGAAGAAAUAAACGAACCUGACACGAGAGAAGAGGAGCCUGCAGAUGAUCAAGCGGAUAAAAAGAAGAAAAAGAACCUGAAGAGAAUUGAACACAGAACCCACCGAGCGGAGAUGGAAAAGCAAAAAGGGUACGUGGAGGACGCUUCCAAAGAGGAUUACAACAUGUGGGUGCCACCUACUGAUCAGAGUGGGGACGGUCGAACUAAACUAAACGAAAAGUUCGGGUAUUAAUUAGAUCAAUACAUAACAAUAAACUAAAAACCGUUGCCAAUAAUAA